AUGGAAGGUGGUGAUUUGGAGACUUUGAAGACAAAGCCGCUGAGCCAAAUUAAAAGACCUUUUUUAAUGGACGGAAGUGUCACCGUCAUGUUCAAGAAGAGAUGGAAAAAACGGUAUUUAGUGUGGAAGAACUCGUAUAUCAUCUUUUUCGACAAGAACUCCCAGAACGAAAAACCAAAAGAUGUCAUCGAACUUAAAGGAACGACAACGAUGAACGUCGAGUAUGACGCUAAAGAGAAGAAAAACGUUGUUAAAUUCAAAAGUGACCCUGAUGAAUUCUGGGUAUUAGCUGACGAGACAGUUCCAUUUUUGGAAAUGGGAUUUCAAGCAUUCAAAAACGGGUUAGAAGUGAAGGAAAAGGAACGUAUCAAAAUUGAAGAGGAGGAAAAAAUAAAGAUCGAGGCAAUCAAACAAAAGGAGGAGGAAGUUUCCAAAGUUGAGGAGGUUAAAAAGAAGAUGAAUGACUUUCUCUCCACCUGCAAGAAGAUGGAUAAAUACCAACUUGAAAAACUACUGAAAUUAUUGGGUAAAAAUAAUAGCGAGUACUAUUUUUACACCAUCAUGGAAGAAGCGACGAAGCAAUGGGAUGAUGCCGACUUUAUAAAGUUUGGAUAUCAACAAAUGUGCGAUGAGGAUUUAGACGACUUCGCAAGUUUUAUUGGUGGUAAAGAGAUUUUUGACGACCAAAUACACCUGUUGUUAGGGACAGACGAUGAAGGUAUUAUCCAUGCCGCAGACUUAAUACUGAGGAUAGCAAAGGAGUUUAAGGUUGAAUGGAGCGAGUUGGUCAAGGGUGUGUUUGUUGCGUUCACUUGUUGGGGGUUUAAUUCUUCUGACAAACGCCUUCGAGUCUUCCUCAGUAUAUUAACCGCGCCGUUCACACCAGACGAGGUAUUCGCCUUCUUAUCAUUUUACAAGGAUUACGAAGUUGACUGUGGUUUAUCGGAUUGGGGUGAACUGUCCGAAGACAUCCAGUCCAUUUUCCUUGUAGUGAGUAAAAAUUGGACUAAAGAAGAGACAGAGCACUUUUGUGAGAUGGCGCAAAAAUGUUGGGGAUGGCAAAAUGAUGUUAUUUGUAGAAUGAAAACAUUGCUGUUGGAUAAAAAUUUCAAUUAA